GUGUCCCCAGAGAGCAUCGCUGCCCAGGCCGCGACCAAGCUGUCCCUUUGUACCCAUCUCCCCAUCCCUCGUAGGCAACAGUUCGCUCCCUGGAGAUGAAGGACACCGGAGACACAGGCAGUGAGAGUCUGGGACCUUCCAAACUCCUCUCUCCGCAGGCCUAGAGCAAAGAGGAAGGUGGCCGGGCCACAGCCCUUACAACUGCCUGGCUGGCCCUGCCAGAGCUGGGUUGCAUCCUGGCCAUCCCCACGCAAGGAUUAAGGGCUCUCACGCACCCACCAUGGCUUUGGGCCUUGACUUCACUCCUCCCUUUCAUCCUUUGCCAGACCUAAGUUCCAGAACGGCAGCUGUUCCUGGGGCAGGCAGAGGAAACUUUGGAGGGUCCCUGUCUGGCUGGCCAGAAGGCUGAAGGCAAUUGUCUCCCCCCUGUCACCUGGAAUGUGACCCUUGUCAGAGGCCAGACAUGGGGAAGCUGUGGUCCCCCAAAAUGACCUUGGUUAAGUCCCUCAGGGCUCUUUUGGUGGAAAAUCCUGGGGUUCUAAGGAAAACUUGCAUGCCUCAGUUUCUUCAAGCUAAACUGGGGUCUAGGCGAGGACUCUGGCCAUGGAGAGUGACCCCCUCUCCAUUUGUCUCUGUUGCAGCAGGAGUAACUACGACCUGGGCUACAAGCUGUACAGGGAAGAUGUCCCCUACAGGGUGUAUGAGUACCAAAGGAUCCCUCCGCUCAUCAGUCGUGUGCCUGUCAAGAUCCGGAAGACUCAGGUGCGCUUGGGGGUCAAGGGCAGCUUCAGUCCCCACAAGGGCACCAGAAAGAGCCACCUGCCCCGAGAGCAGAUAAAGCUCCAGACUGAGGAGCUGCACUCCAUCAGGGGCGAGCUGAGCCAGAUCAAAGCCCAGGUGGAUCGUCUCCUGGAGAAUCUGGAAUGCAUGGACCAGCAGAGGGACCAGCUUCCAGGUGGAACACCAACUGUGGACCCAGGCCACAUUCCCAGGUCAGAGGACAGUGAAGAAACCAAGGGCCCAGGCAGUAAGGGUUCCUCAUGCAGAAUCACUGACCUCCAGCAGGAUCCCAGGGGCCAGAGCGCCCAUCCGGAAUCAGACAGCUUUGAGGACAGCGCAGACCCAGAGGAGGCAGGGAAGAACCAUGCAUCAGACCUGGAGGGCAGCCAGUAUUAGGGUGGAAUCCCUCCAGGCUCCUUCCCAAGUGGCUCCUUUGCUUGCCUCGUGUGGAUUCCUGAAGGCCUCCCGAAGGAGACUGUGCCACCAGAAGCACCCGUUCUAGAAUGAGCGCAGUGAAAGUGGAAGCAGGGCUCAGCCAGACCAGCCAGGAAGCCUCCCGCAUUAAUGGUGGCUUUUGCUUUGGAGGUCAUGUUU